GAGAAUCAAUUAUAGUGAUAGAGUACACAGACAGAGUAGAAAGUAGAUUCUCUUUGUUUGUAGAAACACAAAAAAUCUCUCUAUAAAACCAAACUCAUUACUCUUUCUCUUACUCAAUUCUCUUGCAAAAACAAAACCCAAAACAAUGUCCUCUGUUUCUCCCCAAAACAGGGGAAACUCUGUUUUCCUCUGUAUUCACAUUUUCAUCUUCUUUCUCUACUAAUUCUCCCUCAUCUCCUCCCGGGUUUUUUCCCAAACCACGCCUUCUUUCGCCUGCGACAUGGCGGGGAAUUCUGGGCUGGGGAUUUUUGGGUUCUGUGAUCGGUCGUUGGGGGUGAAGAAGAGGGUUAAGGACUUGGCGAAGAGGCUGACAUUGCAGGAGAAAAUCGGGUCCUUGGGGGACAUUGGAAGGAGUGUGAGUAGGCUUGGAAUUCCAGAGUACAAGUGGUGGUCUGAGGGUUUACAUGGUGUAGCACCAGGCUGGCAUGGUGGGACAAGGUUCUCUGAAUUAGUCCCUGGAGCUACUAGCUUUCCUCAGGUUAUUCUCACUGCGGCUUCUUUCAAUGUCACUCUCUUUGAAGCCAUUGGAAAGGCGGUUUCCACCGAAGCUAGAGCAAUGUACAAUGUCGGUUUAGCAGGAUUGACAUUUUGGUCCCCAAAAGUCAACAUUUUCCCGGACCCCAGAUGGGGACGAGGCCAAGAAACUCCCAGAGAAGACCCGUUGCUGACAAGUAAAUAUUCUUCAGCUUAUGUGAGAGGCUUACAACAAAGGGAUGAUGGAAACAAAGACCGGCUCAAGGUUGCCGCAUGCUGUAAACACUACACAGCAUAUGAUGUCGAUCAUUGGAAAGGCGUUGACCGCUUUGAAUUCAAUGCAGUAGUGACAAAGCAAGAUAUAGACGACACAUUUCAGCCCCCAUUCAAGAGCUGUGUUCUUGAUUGGAAUGUUGCAAGUGUCAUGUGUUCCUACAACCAAGUCAAUGGCAAGCCAACUUGUGCCAACCCUGACCUCCUCAAAGGGGUGAUCCGAGGGGAAUGGAAACUAAAUGGAUACAUAGUUUCGGAUUGUGAUUCAGUAGAAGUGUUCUAUAAGCACCAACACUACUCAAAAACACCCGAGGAGGCUGCAGCCAAGGCUCUAUUGGCAGGUGACCAAGAUUUCCACCCUUAG